AAUUGAUUGAUGAUGAUGAUAGAAAUUUCAUUUUCAUAUAAUUUGGGGUAAGUAAAUUUUGACGAUGAAACAGAGAAUUUUGAUAUUUGUAUUGGUUUUGCCAAUAUUGAUCAUGAUCGAAUAUUCAUUUGCCAUUGGUGGUGCGCCAAGAAAUGAUGAAAUUAUUGCUCGAAUUGAUCUGAUAAAGGUGCCAAAUUUUAAUCUUUGGUUACCACGAUUAUCGCUGUACAAUUGUUAUGCAUGGUGGCUUGAUCAUAGAAUGUUUGAUUCAUCCAAUGUUGAAAUUAUUAUUCCAGCUGCAUUGAACGUACCAUUUUCAAUCAAAGAUCGUCCAUUCUAUCUAUAUGAAUUAAAACAUCAUUAUCAGAUUUAUCUUUCAUCAUUACCAUUGAAUCUUCGAAAAUAUCUGGAACGUAUGGACCAUUGUGCUGGAACAAAAAUUGAUCGAUUCUAUAAUCAACAUUCAUAUCGAAAUUGGAACAAUCAAAAUAUGGCAAUGAAUUUUAUUUAUCCAAAUAUUGAACAAUUCUUACGAAUUCAAUUGCAAAAAUUACAAUCAUAUGUUGAACGUAAUAACAGAAAACUUCGUGAACAUUUUGAAAAUGAUUUGGACGGUUUGAUCACCGAAAUUGUUGAUGAUUUAUUGAUCAAAAUGAAAAAUCUUAAUGAAACACAACAAAAAUUCGAACAAUUUGUACGGAUCAAAUUAAUUGACGACGAGAAUAGUUCCGAACAAAAUUUAAAUAGAAAAGAAAAUUUUUCCAGAAAAUUUAUUCGAAAAGAAAAUUCGUGGUGGCAGCUCGAUUCAUUAUCGCAAACAAUAAUUCCUACAGUAAUUAUUGCCGUUUUAUUCUGCAUCACAGCAUUGAUAAUUCUGUUGGCUUUAAUUACAUUUGUUUUAUUUUAUUUUCGAUCUUUUUCGCCGUCAUUAUCGACAAUUGCCCUUGAUAAUAAUAAUAAUAAUAUUUGAAAUUCUCUGGAACAAUUAUGUACACCUAUAUGGAUUUUAUAAAUGUAAUGAUGAAUGUAACAUUUCCUUAUUUUGUGAAAAAAUCAAUAAAAAUUUAAUCACUUUUUCUUUGGAAUCUAA